GUUUUUAAAUUUUUGAAGAUUCUACAUGUAGGUCUCUUAUAAACAUGUUUGUUAUAAAAAAAAACGUGUAACGUCCGUGAAUUCACAAUCAAAACACUCUGACCUGUCGGUAAGCCUUUUAUAGUCCACUUUUCGUGCGUCGUAAUGUUUUGUUUUCGCGUCGAGAUCAAUAGACAUGCGCACUCAUUCCUGUAGGUAAAAAAUUAAUUGAACACAACAAUAAACUGAAUCCAAAAUUCAAACGAAAUAUUCGUUUAAGAUUAGUAAAAAGUAAAAAGAAUUAAUUCUAAUAGCUUUUAGAUCUUGUGCUAAAGAGAGUCUACAAUAUUCAUUUCACCCUAUAUGGUUUUGCUUUUUUAACUGUAAGAAUUAGUGCGCAUGUAAAAAAAACCCGUCAAGUUUUUAAACAUUAGCAUAUCAUUAACCUGUAAACAUGCAUCCUCGUCCCCAGGGGUUUUUUGCUAUGUUAACGCGGCUAACACUUACUUGAUGACUGUCAAAAAGAAAAAAAGGCCUAGGAACGAGGUUGGUAAACAGGCAAAUCGCAAUUUAACUUCAUGGUCGUCAUAAACCACAAAGACGCAGAAUCACUUGUCAAACUUGUUUACUUUUACAAAAUGACAAAAUUAUAUAAGAUUAAUGAACUCUUGAUUUUCUUCCACUUAAUUUUCUUGGUCUAAUUCCAUAUCACUAUUAAUCAAAUAAUAGUGGUCUGGAAAUGAAGUUGUCCAAUCAAGCCUUAAAAUUAUUAAGUGGUGAUUUAAAACCAGAACAGCCAAAUAAAUUACUUUCUUUUAUUUUUGAUUGAGCUAUAUUAAAAAGCUUAAUUUCAUUUUAGUAUUUUAUAAAUUCAACAACGGAGAUUCACUCUCUACCGUUGGUAUAUGAUGUUUCCUUAGUUGUCACAUUACUGCAGACAUAAUAUCUUUAUUUGUUUAUUUAUUUAUUUAUUUAUUUUCUAUAACAGGGCUAUAAAUAACAUGAUUAUUUACAACUACAUGAUGUUAAAGUUCGAAGAAAUCACAUUCCUUCUACGAAUAUCUUGACAAUCUCCUUCUCAGAUCUCCAUAGUGCCUUCAAUAAAUAAUUUUAGAAGGGGUUUGGGACUAGACUGUAUUUUAUUUUUAAAAGAUUAAAAAUGUUAUUUGUCUAGCGAUUUAGUUGUAAGUAGCUUGUGGUGUGAACAUGUGCAAGAAAGAAUUUUGGUGUUUUGUUUGCAUUGUUAUUCAACUUUGUCAAUCAGGUGUAAAUGGAGACAAACUCCUCCACAUUGAUGCUUCUUACGGUCACGACCAUCCAUCAUGUGGGACAGAAGAAACACCGUGCCGGAGCAUCCACUAUGGAUUCGAGUUGCGCUACAAAGAAUAUUUUAACGGCACGUUUUAUUGUCAUCUUCACGGUCAUACCGAAAGUGAUGUAUUUUCAAUAAAUAAGACAAUUCAGAUAAAACCUCUACAAUCAGCGUCUAUACUCUAUAUAAAAUGCAUAAAACGCAGACCGGAAGCUAAGUGUAUCAUCAAGCCAAACGCUACAAACGUGGAAAGAAUAUUUGAUUUAAAAGGACACAUAUUUGCAAUAACUGUCGUUGGGGUUGAUUUCAUUGGCUUGAACAUCAUGUCUCCAGUCACUGUAUCUUACUUUGUUUUAAAAAACGUUACUGUCACUGAUCUUCGAGCUUCAUUGAUAAACGAUACAUUUUUAGCAAUGCGGCUGUCUAUUUACAUAGAUAACUGUACAUUUCAACAUGUAGACAAUAUCAUACAUAACAGUGGUAAUUCACAUCUUAUAGUUGAAAUAACAUCAUCAGUAUUUAAAGGACGCUCGACCCUCGAGACUGGAAUAGAUAUUGCACACGCGGCAUCGCAACAGUACAGCGUUUUCAACCUGCGUAUAGUAAAUACGCUAUUUGCAGGUUUGAACUCAGCCAUUAAUAUCCAAGUAGAUGCUCUCAACCGUAAAACCACAAUUAUUAACGUUGUUAUUGAAAAUUCCACUUUUUUUAACAAUACUUUGCAAAAUAGAUUCACAAAUGGGCACAUAGGUUACGCACCAUUGAAUUUGAUUGGCAUAACAAACGUAAACAUUAGUAACACAACGUUCGAAAAUAACGCUGGUAUACUUGGAGGUGCUCUCCAUCUGAGAAACCUAGAAAGGGUUAAAAUUGAAAAUUGUGUAUUUUUUAACAACCACGCAGCAGCAUCAGGUGGAGGGUGUUAUAUUUUUAAUAUCAGCUCUCCUGCACUGGUUCAAUAUUGCUAUUUUGAAAAAAAUAGCAUAGAUGAUCCAUAUAACAUUGCUGAAAGUCAAGGAGGAGCGAUAACAUGCUUGAGUAACUUGAAUAUUGAAAAUUGCGAGUUCGUAAAUAAUUCCGCGCAGCUCUUUGGUGGAAGCAUUUUCCACAGGGAAACCGGAUCCAUUAUUUUUAACGGAGGAGGAACUAAAAGCGGAAAUGAAACUCUGAAAAUAACAAACUCUUCAUUUCAUGCAUACGACAGCUCUCUGUUUGGUGGUGUGAUCUAUUCCACAUCAACAAUGAUACUAAACAACACGAAAUUUAAAAUUUUUCAAGUGUUUGGAACUAGCCCAUUGAUUUACCAUUCUAAUGACAACGCAGUCAACAUAACAAAUGGCUACCAUUUUGAAUGUCCAACAAAUCAUAGAGUGUUCUCAAAGAAACGUUCUUUACAUAACAAAACUACCAGUUAUAAAUUAAUGUUGUAUUAUUGUAAUCCAUGUGAGAAAGGAACAUACAGCCUGCAUUCAGGCCAAGAGGACAUGGAGAAUGACACACUUGUCACAAAACAACCAAAAUGUCACUUCUGUCCUACAGGUGGUAAAUGUGGAGAUGACAUUGUUAGUAAUGACAAUUUUUGGGGAUACAACACAAGUGAUGAAAUCGUGUUUACAGCUUGCCCUUCAGGUUAUUGUUGUUCGGCAUACAACAAAUUAUGCACGUCCUAUAACACAUGCAAUUACAAUCGUAGUGGUAUUCUAUGUGGGAAGUGCGAACAAGGUUUCUCUGAGAAUUUAGCAGCUGUAGGCUGUAUUAAUAAUCGCCAUUGUCCUGAUCAUUGGUUCUGGGCUAUUUUUGUCAUGGCAGCUUUACUAUAUGUGGUCGUGAUCAUGUAUUUUAAGGAUAUUAUCGCCACUGCAAAGCGAGUGUUCAAAAUUAUACCUUCAAAGUCAAGUACACUAAAGAGGCGUAUAUUAACUAGCCUGGAUAGCGAAUACUCUAUCAAUUCACGAGCUUCGCAGCCUACUUUCACAAGCUAUGUAUCUGUGGUUGAUGACGACGAUUUUAGCUAUUACAAUCCCGACGACGUCGAUGAAUAUGACUACGGUACCGACGACAACAACGGUUACAAGGCCGACGACGAUGAUGACGACGAAGAUCCAGGUCGCGGUCACAACAGAAACAGAAACAACGAAGACAAAACAGAGGAACGCCGUAGUUUGCCAAGCGAAAAUGAAUGCCGAGAAGAAAGAUAUGUUACAGUGGAUAAAAUUGAGAGUAUUAAAGAAAAGGUGGAGGUAGGAAUUCAUGUGAAGAGACAUCAAACUGUUCAAACGAAAGUAGCUGGUAUCUUUAAAGUUUUAUUCUUCUUUUAUCAAGUGUAUAAUUUACUACGAGUGCCUAAGCCAAGUAAAUAUGGAUUACAUUGGAAGGAGUUCGUCACUUCAUUCUUUAAUAUAAAGCUUAAUCUUGGCGAAAAUGACUUAAAAAUGUGUCCAGUGAAAGACUUAACCCCAGUUGGGCGAGAAUCAGUAAAAGUUUCUUUUGCAGUCUCGACCUUCGUUAUCAUCGCAGCGUUGUAUUGUGGAUGGUACGUUUACUGCAAAUGCAAUGGUUCGGCACCAACACAAUGUAGCGAAAUUUUAAAUGAUGAAAGUGUGAAUGAUAUAAAGGAUAUAAAUGAGACUAUCCCGUGUUUAUCCAAAAUUCCAAUAAAUUUGCGUUUAAAGUGUUGUCUUAUUCAAAUGAUGCUGCUUUGUUACGCACCGAUUGCGUCGUAUUCGUUUGAAAUGCUGCACUGUGUAACGUUAUGGGAGGACUCACAACAUUUAUAUGUGGAUGGGAACGUACAGUGUUACCAGUGGUGGCAGUAUGUCAUUGGUGUUUUUGUUGGGCUCUGGAUAAUACCUUUUUCGUUGGCUCUUUAUUCAGGGUGUUAUUUAGCUCGUUCAUGUAAAGUAACUCUAAAUGAGUUUUUAUUGUUGAUUAUUUUUCCACCCAGUUGCAUUUAUUUCCGAUUUCGCGCUUGGAAAUACGCCUCAAAAAUCGCCCAAUCAAAAGAGGAUCUUAUUUAUCUACGACACGCUCUGCUGGUUCUAGAUGAACCAUUCAGAAGGAGGAAAACAGACAUUGGUUUUGUUACUUGGGAAGCCAUGUUGAUUUUUCGGCGGUUGGUGCUCGUCAUCAUUCGAACGUUUUCUAUUAAUCCAAUCACAAGGCUGUAUUUGAUGCUUUUCCCACUCUUACUGUUCUUGGUGGAUCAUAUCCGAGUGAAACCGUAUAAAAGUCGGUUUUUAAAUUGGACAGAAACGAUAUCACUAGUUUUGCUGUGUUUCUUGUCGGCAGUAAACUUGUUUUGGGCCUAUAGUUAUUUUACUGAUAUUUCUUUCACACAGACAAUGUUAGUUCUUAGCGAUGCUUUCUUUUACAUCGAAGCUAUCAUACUGCUUGCGCCAGUUUACCUGAUUUUCCUACUGUUAAUGUAUCUACUGGCAAGAAAGUAUUUGAAAUUCAACAGAUGUCGAAAUUUGAUUGUUAAAACUAAUUCGCAGUUAGAAUGAACAAUACUUGACGAAGAUAAUUAUUUGGAUGAACUGCCAACCUAACUUGCAAUGCAACUUUAGACAUAAACUUUAUGUCUUGUCGUUUUGUUUUAGAAGUUGAGUAUUAAUCAUAUUUUCUACUGCGCUUCCGUAUUUGCGUGCAAAACUUAAACGGACAAACAACGGACCAAAAGAGGGUCGUAGUAGCCUAGGCUUCCGGGGAACUAACCCCUCCUAAACAAAUUAUCGAGCUUGGUUAAUAUGUAAGAAACCUAUGCAGAGGAUGAAUUUGGCCAAAUUUAGAAAAUUAAAAUCCCUAAUGUUUUAACCUAACCCACCUCCACUUCGACAAAAAAUUGUCUGCUACAGCCUUGAAAAAAGCGUUUAUUUUUGACUUUAUUCUACUUCUUUAUAAUAGCAUUUAUAUUUAGAGUUGAAUCAAACCAUGCGCUCAAAAUUUGUUUUAUGUUUUUGACUGGGCGCUCAUUUAAGUGGGUGCUCAUUUGAGUGGGCGCUCAUUUAAGUGGGUGCUGCAUAGACGCUUUGUGAUAUUUUUUUCUCGACGAAUUCUUUUAAAAAUGAAAGUUUACAUAUGUUUUAAUGUUUGGUACAAUUCAUUGAUGACUAAAUUCUUGUAUUUAGAUUAUAUGACUUCUCAGAUUAAAUUUUAGAUAUAUCUUAUCGCCUACCAGAUUUUGUCUGCUUUAUGGGCCCAAAUAAUUUGCUGGUUCUAAUUUUCGUUACUCGCUUAAAAUUUCAUCAGCGUCAACAAAUAAUUAAGGCCUUGUUGAAACUUUAGUUGUUCAUUUAAAAAAAAUAAUUCUCAAAAAAUGUGAAUCCCAUUUUUGAAUAUUCAACUGGCCAAAUUAUUUGUAAGCCCUUUUUUAUCACUUGCUCGAAAUUUUGUCACUUAUGAUUAAAUUUAGAAAAUUUCAGUUGCGUAUACAACUUCGUACACAAGACCUUUCCACAUGUGAGAUUGACAUGUGAUAAGACGAAUCCUGGGGGCGAGGUUGCUGUGCAUAAAUACAGGUUGUCAUUUCUGCAAAUUUAAGAGGUUUUAUUGUAUAGUAUAUAAUUAUGAUUUUCCUUGACAUGAAUAUAAUUUUUAAAAUA